AUGCUAUGCCUUGGUGGCCCAGAAAGGUUUGCCCUGCUGUCCCGAUGUCAACUGCAGGACCUGCUUGAAACCCACUUGGAUGAAUGGCAAAAUCAUCCACGAGAAGCAGCACAGGUGUGGAAGAAGCUGGCCCAACGCAAGCAGAUUCCAAAGGCACUUCAGAUCCUGAGGUUUUUGCACAAGCAUGGGGUGGAGGCUCCCGAUGUGAUCACCUUCAACAUCGCAAUUGCAGCUAGUGCCAAGGCAACGAGCUGGGAAUCUGCCCUGGAGUUUCUCGAGUUCAUGCAGCAGAGCCGAACUCAAGCGACAGUGAUCACAGUCAACAGCGUCAUCAACGUCUAUGAGAGAGCUUGCCAGUGGCAAUUGGGUUUGUCUGUGACAGAUCAAAGCCGGAAUGCCGCGAUGCAGCCCGAUGUGGUGACGAUGAAUUCCUGCGCCAGUAUUUGUGCCCGAGCUGGCAUGUGGCGUCAUGCCCUUGGCACGCUGUGGCAGGAGAUCUUUGACGACAAUAUCGCCAUCAAUGCAGCGCUCAGUGCCAUGCCGCGUAGUUCGUGGGCUGUUGCACAACAUCUUUUGCAACGAAUGUUCUGCUUGGAGGUGGAAGCAGACGGCUUCACAUACAGCUCGCUAUUCAACAUUUCCCAUUGGCAAGAUGCUUUGCAAGAGAUGUCAAGCAUUGAGGUUGGCUGCGAUGCUGUUGUAUACGGCGCAAUGCUUGCUUCUGGUGGCGCCGAUUGGGGGUUCUCCUUGCACAGUCUUCAUUGCAUGCAAGACCAGCGAAUUGCGGACUCUGUUGCGUUCAACUGCUGCAUCGCCAAGCUUGGGCACUGGGAACAGGCGUUUCUCUUGCUGGGAAGUCUACGGAAAGAGCAAAACCGUGCCGAUGCUUACAGUUUCAGCUCGGCUAUGGCGUCGAUGUGGAGAUCCAGUUGUGAGAUCAUGAAACAGAUGGAGAGGCACGGCGUGCUCUCCAACCUUGUGUGCUCCAACACGGUCAUCAGCAGUUUGAACGACAGCAGCCAAUGGGUGAAGGCAGUGCUUUUGAUGGAGGAAGUGGAAUACGACACCACCACCUUCAAUGCCAUCAUCAGUUCCUGUGGCAGGGCCAGCAAUUGGCAGAUGUCAUUGGAAAUGCUGGCGCUCAUGGGAGAGAGAAAGCUUCAGCAAGAUUCAAUCUCGUUUCAUGCUGCCAUCUCAGCCUGUGAACGGGGAAAUUGCUGGAGAGAGGCUCUGGAGUUGUUGAAGGCCAUGCAGCAAGAGAAAUUGGCUCCUGAAAUCACCGGGUGCAACGCUGUCAUUAGCGCAUGUGAAAAAAGCUCGCAGUGGCAGCAAGCCUUGAUUGUGCUGUCAGCUGUGCGGCAGAUGGGUCUACAAGCAGACGUUGUUACAUUCAACGGGCUCACUGCGGCCUGCCAAUCCAGAAGUUCCUGGCAAACAAUUCACUCUCUUUUCGAAGACAUGCACCUUCACAAGUUGGAAUCAGAUGUGAUUACUUUCAAUUCUGCCAUCCGAGCUCAUGAACAUUGGCCCGUCUCCUUGUCUUUGCAGCUUUUGAUGGCCACCAAGACUUUGCCAAGUGACAUCAUCACCUGCAAUUCGGUUUUGGAAGCGAUUCCAGAAGACAAGUGGCAAGUGUUGGGCGCAUUGCUUCUGAACUUUGCAGUGCCUGCUACAGCUGUGACUCUUGAGAUUUUGAUUGACCGCACCUUGGGUAGCAGAUCUUAG